AUGGUUUACAGGCUCAAUGAAGAUACACAUCAAUGGGAGCAUGUCCGUGACAUUGGUGAUUUCGCCUUCUUCUUGGGUUUUAAUGCUUCUACAUGUCGCUCGACUAAAGAUUAUCCGGGAUUUAAAUCGAAUUGCAUCUACUUUACAGAUGAUCAUUCAAGUGCACACAGAAGACGGAGGUUUGGAGGUCAUGAUAUGGGCAUUUACAAUCUUAGCAACGGUUCUGUUGAAUCCAUUCUCUCUUCUAACUUAUACAAACAUACUUUGAUUUGGCCUCCACCCGUAUGGAUUUUACCUUAA